AUGCUCAUCACCUCUUGCUCCUAUAUAUACACGUUCCCUGAGGACUACCUCACCGACGCCGACAGGAAACGCAUCACGGACAAGAGCGUGAAGGCGUGGGUGGGCAAGCUCAGGGACGUCAUGUAUGAGGCCACUGACAUCCUGGAGCUCUGCCAGCUUGAGGCCAUGGAGCGACCGCAAGAGGGUGCCUCCAGCCGCUCAAGUUCUCUUGGAGGGUACAUGAAGAAGAAGCUGCAGGGCAGCUUCCAGCCAUUGCUGUUCUGCCUUCGGAACCCUGUGUUUGCGCACGAGACAGGCAGCCGCAUCAAGAAGCUCAACGAGGAGCUGGACACGAACCGCAAGGAUGCCACCAAGCUGAAUUUCAUCAACCUCGGCUCCUACCAGGAACGGAGCAGGCUGAAAAAUCCGAGACAUCUCAGGAACAAGACGACGUCGGGGUUCAAUAAGUCGGAAGCUGUGGGGGAGAACAUUGAGGAGGAUGCAGAGAAGCUUGUGCAGAAGCUGAUCGCCCUCGAUGGCAGAGACUUUAAGGUGGUGGCCAUCAUUGGCCAGGGCGGCAUCGGCAAGAGCCUCCUCGCCAAGAAGAUCUACGCAGGAGGCCACCAAGGAAGAGUUCAAAACCAGGAUAUGGCUGAGCAUCACUCCGCACUUCGACAAAGUGGAGCUGCUAAGGUCCCCGCCAUCACCCACGCCGGGUGGAAGCACAAUGAGGAGAAGGACGAAUCCAUCCUCGAGCAGAUCCUCACCGAGGCCCUGUCGGCGAACAAGUUCCUGCUCAUCUUGGAUGAUGUAUGGAGCGACACAGCAUGGAAAGACUUUCAGGUCCCAGUUGCUACCGCCAGUUGUACACAACCGGGGAGCCGAGUCCAGGUGACCUCUAGAAAGGAAGACGCUGUCGGAGGAUGGGAGCCUCCAGCAGCGACCAGCUCCGUGUCAGAAAACUAGAAGAUGAAGAUGCUUGGUCCUUGCUCAAGAAACAGCUACCACUGCCAGAGGUCAGUAACUCGAUCAGUGCUAAUAUAGGAACGCAGUCGAACUAAAUAAUUUGCUUUCUACGGCCUAUUAAUUUGGUAACUCUAGUAACAUUUACUCCCAAAACGCAAAAUAACCAUACCCAGUGAUAUUUUCAACAACAAUUUUUUUUAAGUAUGCUACUUUAAUGAAAAAUAAACGUUCGACAGAAAAUAUGUUCCGUGAACCGUGAUAGACUUUUUUAUCAGCUUGUUUUUAUCGAUCUACCUACAAGUCCUUACAAAUUCUAUGUUAAUUGGCGAAAUAACAGGAGUACACCAUAUGUUCUUGUUGGACCAAGUUAGGCUCAUUUGUGAUACUAAUAUCUGAUUCGUAAUACAGAAAUCGGAUC